GGGACCCAGAGAGGAAGUCGGAAGGCAGCGGCUAAACCUCGCGAGAGUUGCUUUUGCGCGCGAACUCUAAGAGCCGGGGUCUCGGGGUUAGGUUGGGGCUUUUCGCCGUGCAGGCUCCUUGGGGGACGCGACGAACCCCCGCGGAUCCGGACACCUUCAUCACCCCACCAUGGAAGCCUCAACGCACAAGCAGCAGCAGCAGCCCGCGGCGACCAAGAUCAGGAACCUGCCCUGGGUUGAAAAAUACCGGCCACAAGCGCUGAGUGACCUCAUUUCUCAUCAGGACAUCUUGAACACCAUUCAGAAAUUCAUCAGUGAAGACCGACUGCCACACCUGCUUCUCUAUGGUCCUCCGGGGACGGGAAAGACAUCCACCAUCCUAGCCUGUGCCAAACAGCUGUACAAAGAUAAAGAAUUUGGCUCCAUGGUCUUGGAGCUGAAUGCUUCAGACGACCGAGGAAUAGAUAUCGUUCGGGGACCAAUCCUGAGCUUUGCUAGCACAAGGACAAUAUUCAAGAAAGGCUUUAAACUGGUGAUCCUGGAUGAAGCUGAUGCCAUGACUCAAGACGCCCAGAAUGCCUUGAGGAGAGUGAUUGAGAAAUUUACUGAAAACACCCGAUUUUGCCUCAUCUGUAACUACCUGUCCAAGAUCAUCCCCGCCCUGCAGUCCCGAUGCACAAGGUUCCGAUUCGGUCCCCUGACCCCUGAGCUCAUGGUUCCACGCCUGGAACACGUCGUAAGAGAAGAAAAGGUUGAUAUAAGUGAAGACGGGAUGAAAGCACUUGUAACUCUUUCCAGUGGAGAUAUGCGAAGAGCUCUAAACAUUUUGCAGAGCACCAAUAUGGCCUUUGGGAAGGUGACAGAGGAGACUGUCUACACCUGCACAGGGCACCCGCUUAAGUCAGACAUCGCCAACAUCCUGGACUGGAUGUUGAAUCAAGACUUCACCACCGCCUACACAAAUAUUAUGGAGUUGAAGACUCUGAAGGGGCUGGCGCUCCAUGAUAUCCUGACAGAGAUACACUUGUUUGUGCAUAGAGUUGACUUUCCGUCUUCAGUGCGAAUACAUUUAUUGACUAAAAUGGCAGACAUUGAAUACAGACUGUCAGUUGGCACCAGUGAGAAGAUUCAGCUGAGCUCCCUCAUCGCUGCUUUUCAAGUCACCAGAGACCUGAUUGUCACAGAGGCCUAGAUACCGAGCACCUUUCGCUGCAGUUCUCAGGCUCUCCGUUAUGCAAUGAACUGCUGCCUGGGGCCACUGGAUGACACCACAGUCACCCCAAGUCUUGGAAAACUAUUCCAGGCAUGGGUGGUAGGCAGACGAAUACAAAGUACCUUGUUUGUGGCUGUUUGGAGCAGAGAUGUACAAAACAAUUUUAAGGUACAGCUGUCUCAUGGCACUGCCCACUUUUAUUUUAUGGGAGGAGCAAAAAACCUUUAUUUCAGGUUUUUACCCUUUAGUUGCUUGGAUGGCAGGAAAUUGGCCUGCCCUAUUUUGUUUCAGAAUGUAAGGCUUUCAGCUCUAACAUGGUCCAUGUGUCUUCCAACUCAAGAUUAAAACGAACAUCACCAAAAUCAAGUAUAAAUAUAAUCGGUGGCACUGUUGCUAUAUCGCCUUUUACAGUAGGUGUUAAUGGGUUUCUGGCCAAAACUAUUCCACGCAUAAAAUGGACCCAAUUCUCUUAAAAACUGGGCUUUUUAUUUCUUCUCUCAAAGUAGAGGAGUUACUAACAGAUUCCUAAUUGCGGUGUGGACAGCAGAAAAAAUUUCACUUUAAAUGAUGCCAUUAAGGGUCAGAGGUUGUACAACAUUCAUUUAAUGCAGGGAGGGGGGUACAUAAGAGGAACCCUCGCUGUAAGCCUGCCACUGUCGAAAGGCUUAGGACCUGUAUGCAAAUGUGAGUUUAUUUUACAGCAGUUAAUGCUGCCAUUAUAUCGUUCUUCGUAAUAAAAAUAAAGCAGCUUUGUUGUUGGUUGUGUUAACAAGUGACUCUCCUUUCCCUACCCAGUUAUAAAGACACUGACUUAUCCAACUUGCAUCUAAAUGAACCUUUUCCACCUCUGAUAGCAUGGAAUCAACUCUGGAGGCUGUUCUUUAUAAAGAUGUCCAUUCUUAUACCACCGGAAGAGAGAACUUGCUUCAUGCCAUCAUUCACGUAGGACUCACUCCCCAAGGACACCAGUGAGGUUUGUAGCUAAUGGCUAAUUGGGGCCUCCCGGACUACACUGUGAUUUUUCAAGAUAACCACAAAAUUAAAAAUUUGCCCAAUCCAUUCCCAGUUGUCCUGUUGUACGUUUUAAAGGUGAUUAUUUUUCUUAAUGGAAAAAAUGGAGUGCCAAAAGCUUUUAACUUUUUCCUUUCAAUGAAAGCCUCCCGUCUCGAACAGAAAUGUUUUUCUUCAGCAACAAAGGCGGCAGAGGAGACUCCUACUUUUUCAACACGCUUUAUGUUACAUUGGCCUCCACAAAGCACCUAUUAGGAAAGGCGAAGCAUAAGAUGUUGCAUUUCUUUUCAAAUAAUUUAAAAUAUAUUAAACUUUCCAAAGGCAGAUUUUGUUUGAGGUGUCUUGAUUAGAGAAAUACACACCACUGAAGAAGAACAGUUAAGUACGUUUCAGGAGCUAUAUUUGUUGAGGGGUAGAGCUAAAACUGGCUCAUUAGUCCAAUGAGGUGAAGCAGCAAACUCAGACCUCGUACAUAGGAUAUGGGCUGAAGUGAUGACAACACCAAUGCUUAACAAUUAAGGAGACACCUU